UCUCGUACUCCAAAUAGACCGAGAACUCGAUUCUCAGAACUGAAACUCGUAAAAAAGUCUUUCCUCUUCAAUCGUGUAUAAUAUUUAAGUUAGAAAAGUACGCAUAUUCAUUAUUGUGCGGCCAAUUUGGUCAAUUUCGAUAUUCAUAAGAAUAGCAUCGAUAAAACGGUGAGUGAUUGUAAAAACUGCGGUUUGAUAACCCCGACACCGUCUGUUCUGUCUGUGUCGAUUAGAACACAUACUUAUUGAAAGAUUAAUAUAGAGAAAAAAGAAGAGACGAGUACAAUGGAGCCGCCAUCAUCAGCAGCAGUAGCAUACAAAUACGAUUUUUAGAGCAGUUGCAAUGGCAGUGACCAAACGACGACAAUAAAAAAACACAUUACCAAAACGAAAAUGUUUGCGGCGAAUUUUUGUGGGCCUGGACGGUGUUUUCCAGUGCUUUGCAAGCAAAAUAAACUAAGUUCUUCACAUUUUUGGAUCCUAGUUUUCCUCUUGCUACUUCCAUUGUUAGGAAUUAGCGCGGAAAAAAAUAAGGAUUAUCAUAUUGAAACAUUGUGUAAAAAUCAUUUUUCCCAGAUGAUGUAUAAAAAAAUUGACGGUGCAGUGGUGAUGUCGAAAAAUGAACGGAAUCUUAAUUGCGUGGUCACAUUCCAGACCCAUUCAAUUUUACAGCGUUUUAUGUUGCGCUUUGAUAUGCUUCAAUUAGAUUGUAACGAUCAUUUAUUCAUUUAUGACGGUGCAAAUGCAGUUGGACAACAAAAAUACAAUGUAUCGUGUAGAAACACAAAACAAUUAGUCGGUUCGUUGUUUACGCAUACCAAUUUUGUCACAUUAAAGUACGUUACGGAUAAUUGGGGCACUGACAACAAUGGGUUUAAACUUGUAAUAACCGCCAUUAAAGACCCAAAGCAUGUAUGCCAAACCUUUUUAUGUGCUUCACGUGAGCUAUGCAUCCAUCCAGAUUUGGUCUGCGACGAAAUCAACCAUUGUGGGGAUAAUUCCGAUGAAAAUCAUUGUCAGAAUAACAAAGCAACAACAUUGCUUGGAUUGGAGUUAACGUGGCUUGUCCUCGUAUCGGUGACAUUCUUUUUGGCCAUCGGAGGAGUUUUGGCGGGUUUACUCAUGUGUGUAUGCCGUCAUAAUUCGAAUUCAUCGGAAAAUCAGAUUCAAUCAAUCGACAUGAAUGGAUCAACGAAAUAUAUGCAUAAAUUGCAUUCACAUAAAACGGCAUCGUUGUCGGGAAACUGGCAUCACCCUGCGAACAAACACGGGUACAUACAACAAAUAUUGUCGACGGUCACCGAACACCAAAUGCACAUUUGGCAUCUAACGAUCUAUUAAAUAUGAAACAAUUUGAUCCAACUAAUUUAUCCCAGACUACAACUUCGACAACGAUCGUUACAACAGCACAGAAAGAAGAGUGGUUUGUUUGAGAAGACGCACACACGACAUACACACAUGCAGACCAUAUGCAGCGCAUAUCGAUGAAACAAAUGGUGGACGGCAACGGCCAGAAUUUUUCUAAUGAAUUUUUCUUUAGGAUAUUUCGAUCGUGAUCAAGAAUCGUAGACAAAAUGAACAAACAAACGAAAACAAAAGCAGAUGGAUAAAUUAUUGUGUACUCAUAUUUAUUAGGUAAAAUGAUGCAAAAAGAAACAUUUAUAUUUUGAUGUUGAGUGACUUGAAAACAAUAUUGCUAAGAAUAUCGAAUUCGCAGGGUGUAAAAAUAAAAAUUUACAGGAUUGUACCCAAAAACCGAAAAAAAACCAACAAAUUUACCAAAUAUUCCAUAUCGGAAAGAAACGGUGAAAAUGAAUAAUUAACAACAACAACAAAAAAUGUCACAUACACAUAGUACAUUUUCUCUCUCCAUUUUUUGAAGACUUUUUUUCGAUCAUAUCAUUUUUUGACUGUUUUAUCAGAGAAUUUUUUUCUAAACGUUUAACAACUGAAAUAAUAAAAAAAAUGAUAUAAAAUAAUGAAUUGUAGAGAAUAUAUAUCAAGCACUAUGUUAGUUAAGAAUGAAACACAACAAACAACAACAGCAACAAACUAUCAGUUCAAUUAACAGAGAAAAAUACACACAAAGAGAUAAAUUUUAAGAGAUUAAAUGUAGUUAAAAAUCGAAGAGACUUUAAGGUCGUGUUGAAAAUUUAUUUUUCCCCCUUUAUUGUAACUGUAUCGAAUUCAAUAGAAUGCAAUUGUCUGUGUAUCAACAGAAUAUAGAGAUUCCUCCAAAGAAACACAAAAAACACACCUGAAAAGAGAAUAUCCCCCCCCCCCAAACUAAAUCCAAAAUAUUUUACAUUUCUUUUCCGAUUUUGAGAAAAACAAUCAAAAAUUUAAUUUUUCGAAAAAAAAUCAAAACUUCUAUUUUAUUUUAUUUUUUCCACGCAAUGUUUGUUUACACAAUUAACAUAUCUUUUUUCUUGGUAAAUUUCAAAAUUUCUUAAUUACGUCCGAAUUCUAAUCAAAUCUAUUUUUAAUGCAAUAGACUUAUUUCAUUUUAAUUAUUAAUUUAGAUAACAUUAGUUUAGAAUUACGUGAAGCCCGAACAGAAGGAAAAUGCAAUUAUUACACAUUCUUUGUUCAAUUAUUAAUAAAUGGGAAAGGAAAUUAAAUCGAA